AUGUCUUCUCAACAACCCGUCAACAAUGAUCUCGAGAUCUCAACCAAAGCUGAGACUCGUCAAGAUAUCCCUGGCAACCCUGAAAUCCCUGAGCCUGUUAUCAAGAAUGGGGUUGUAGUCAGUUCGGCUGCGAAACCUGAGGCCAAGAGUGUUUGGCUCGCUUGGCUAUACAUCUUCAACUGGUAUCCUAGCCAUUACAGUAAAGAGGAAAAGAGACUUCUCAGGAAGUUGGACCGUACUAUCCUACCACUCAUCUGUUGUAUGUACUUUAUCAAAUGGCUUGAUCAGUCCAAUAUCAAUAAUGCCUACAACUCGGGCAUGAAGGAGGAGCUUAACCUCAAAGGCAUCGAGUACAAUCUGUUUUCAACAUUUUACAACAUUGGCUACCUCGUCAUGGAAAUUCCCUGCAUGCUGCUCAUCUCUCGACCCAAGUAUGCUCGUUGGGUCUUACCUAUUUGCGAAACUCUCUGGUCCAUAAUCACUUUUAUUCAGUGCCGCAACAACAGCGCUCCGAUGAUCUACGGAAUGCGAUUUCUUAUGGGCCUUUUCGAAACCCCUGCUGCUACUGGCUCUCUCUAUAUUCUCUCUUCCUGGUACCGAUCCGACGAGGUGUUCAAGCGCGCUGGUGUGUGGUAUGUUUCUAGUAACAUUGGUGCAAUGUUUGGUGGCUACAUGCAAGCUGCUGCUCAUGCAGGCCUGGACGGAAAAGGAGGUAUGGCUGGAUGGCGCUGGGUUUUCAUUAUCGACGGUAUCAUCUCGCUGCCAAUUGCACUUGCAGGAUUCAUCCUCUAUCCUGGUGUCCCUACCAGCCCUCGGGUUUGGUGGCUAAGUGAAGAUGACCAGAAACUCGCUCAAGCCCGCAUGCAAGACGAUGGAAUGAGGAAAAGCAAAAAGAUUGGAAAGAAGAUGCUGAAGCGUGUUUUUACUCAUUGGCACUUUUAUAUCGCUGUCGGUACCUAUGUCUGGUCAGUACUCAGCCCUUGUCUUCUCAUCAGUGCUGAUCUCGUCUGUAGCUUCCAAUUGACUACGUGGGUUGCUGGUCAAAUGAUUGUCUGGGUCAAAUCCACUGGUCAAUACUCAGUCGAGAUGAUUAACAUCUUGCCUACUGGUGUCCAAGCUCUUGCCAUCGUUGUUGGUAUCAUUGUCCCAUCGUUUGUCAUGGUCUACCCAAUCUGGGUACCGUUCUGUUUUGCAGGAACUGUUCUUCUUUUUUGUCACUCAACCCUCUUGGUGUGGAACAUUCCUCUCGGUCUACACUUCGCCGCAUAUUUCCUGCUUGGGAUGAGCUCGUGCAUUACUCCCAUGCUUUUCCCGUGGGUUCAUUUAAUCAUGAAGGAUGACAACGAAGCUAGAAGUUUCACUACUGGCGGGAUGAUGACUGUUGGCUGGGCAUUCUUCACGUGGUACAAUGUUGUUGCUUUUCCAAUCACCCAAGGCCCUCGUUGGACCAAGGGUUUCUCAGCCAAUGUUGCUCUAACCUGCUGUUACCUGACUCUCUUUAUGAUUGGUCAGUUUCUUUGGAGACGUGAUAUCAAGGCUGGUCUGUAUAAGAGAGCCAUUGAAGAAGAGGAGAACGAGGAGGCAGUUAACGAGAAGUUAGAGCUCGAGAAUGUGGAUAACAAGCCUGCCAGUCAGCAUAUCAGCUAG